GUUGAGGUUCAGGCUCUUUUUAGGUUCUGUUCAGGUUCAGCCUCUUUUCAGGCUCUGUUCAGGUUCAGGCUCUUUUUAGGUUCUGUUCAAGUUCAGGCUCUUGUUAGGUUCUGUUCAGGUUCAGGCUCUUUUUAGGUUUUGUUCAGGUUCAGGCUCCGUUCAGGCUCCGUCCAGCAGGGCUUUCUCGCCCCUCCUCCUCGUCCGCUAGGCAGACACACCUUUCCGCUGGUCCUCCAGCGUUUCUUACCUUCUUGUUGCUCCUCUCAGCCUCGUUGUCUGGCGGUGAACUUUCACCCCAGCUGCUUGGGAAAUGUCAUACAGACAGAGGCCCGUGCUGCAGUAGGGGGGCGUAAUAGGAAGGGGGGGGGAAAAAUAACAUUUUUUACCGCUCUCACUGCAUCAUUUAUCCGCGUCUCUGCCGUGCAAGUGCCACAUCCCGCUACCAGCAGCAGCCGCCGCCGCCGCCGCCGAAAACUCACCGCAGUCUCAAUGCUCAUUUCGCAUUAGGGGCUAAUAGAUAUAUAUAUAUAUAUAUUUAUAUAUAUAAAAAAACCCUGCCAGACAUGGGGCAGAACAUCAGUCUUCUCUUGAAGAUAUCCAUCCAGCAAACCAACUGGCUCAUGGUGCAGCUGCCCAGCCGAAGAUCCUGGGACUGAGACGUGGAUCUCUUUAUACUAAUGGCCUGGACUGAGUUUCAGCUGGUCUGCUGAAGCUAUGGGGAGCUGCUGGAGCUGUCUGUACAGAGACCCCAUCCGAGACAACCACCUCACCAAAUUUAAGGUCAUAAAUGUGGAUGAUGAGGGCAAUGAGCUGGGCUCUGGGAUCAUGGAGCUCACGCAGACUGAGCUGAUCCUCCACACGCGUAAGAGAGACGCCAUCCGGUGGCCGUAUCUCUGCCUGCGCCGCUACGGCUAUGACUCCAACCUGUUCUCCUUUGAGAGCGGCCGCCGCUGUCAGACCGGACAGGGAAUCUUUGCAUUCAAGUGUUCCCGGGCCGAAGAGAUCUUCAAUCUGCUCCAGGAGCUGAUGCAGUGUAACAGCAUCAAUGUGGUGGAGGAGUCGAUGAUGAUGAGUCGCAGUGGCCACACACCAGAGAUGGACAUGUCUCACGCACCACAGACUCCCAACACCCCAGCAUUUCCUGUCCAGUCUUUUCCCAAUGGAUACCCUGGUUAUCCAAUCAGAGGGGAUUCCUCCCAACCCUCGCUUGCCGAUGAUCAUGGACACAGCCUCAUGGGUUUGGAAGACCAGACCCACACCUAUGUAAAUACUGUGAGCAUGGAGGGGGACCUCUCCAUGCGUCACUGUGUGCACUCUCUUCCUGAGGUGCGUCCCAGCACUUUCCCUGAAGCGACGCGGGGACCCAUGCCCGUCGGGGGCCAAGGGAACCCUCAGUCCAACCUGCGGUGUUGUCCCCUCGAGGAGCAUAAAGAGCCUCAGGUGUUCUUACAGCCGUCUUCACAGGAGGCCAAGUUCAUGCUGGGUCCCACGCCAGUGCAGCGCCAUCUGCUGGAGAGGGAGCGGGAGCGGCACGGCCACAACCCCCACAGCCUUCAGCCAGUAGAGGGCGCCACAGGCUCAGAGACGGAAGGAGACGACCCUCCCAUGCACCUGUGCAACUCGCAUUCCUAUCACCAUUUCCAUCACCACGCGCACCGGCACCCGGGCCACGACCACCCAGACAGCUGCCCGGCGAGCGGCGAGCUCACCUACGAGAACAUCAACGGCCUGCGGAGCGGCCGCAAGCAGCGCCUGAGCCCCAGCAGCAUGUCCCAGUCCGUGGGCUCCAGCAGCAGCAGCAGCACGGGGGACAGCCACUCGCACGCCCUCUUGCACCCGCACGCCCACGGCCCGUCGUCUCUACCGCCACAGGGCUACGCCUGUGAGAGGGGCCUGGGCGGAGGCCAUCGCCGGACAGCUCUUCUCAAUUACGAGAACUUGCCCUCUCUGCCGCCGGUGUGGGAGUACAGCGCUCUGCAGCGGGAUGACGAGCAGGAAGAAGAUGACGACGACGAUCAGGACGAUGAGGACUACGACGAAGAGGAGGAAGACUUUGACGAGUACGAGUUCUCAGAGGGCCCGGGGACGCCUAACGGGUACCACCAGGACAGCCGGGGGAUCCACAGGGAUGCCCUCCAGAACUAUGUCAACACAGAGCAGGUCCAGCCCUCCCGGCUUCGACACGCGUGCCCUCCGCAUCCGCGGCAGUGCCAGCCAGACAGGGGGGGCAGAAUAUUUAGCUUCGAUUUCCGCAGACGAUCGCGAUCAGGGGUCGGGGGCUGUGAGCACAGUCACAUGCCUCCUUCGCGGCAGCUGAACUACAUCCAGGUGGACCUGGAGGGAGAACCUCCCUGCCCAUCCCUCAGCAGCGGGGGUGUCCAGACACAGCACCAGCGCCUACCACCCAAAAAGUGUGGUCCACAGGCCCCCCGGCGCAGCGAAUGCUACGCAGUCAUCGACCUGAAGAAGACCGCCGCCAUGUCCAACCUGCAGAAAGCGCUGCCCAGGGAUGAUGGGACUUCCAGAAAGACUCGCCACAACAGCACAGACCUGCCUCUGUAAACGAAGUUCAAACUGAAGAGGAGUGAUGAAGACAGAUGAAGGCUUAUCCUCACCUUAGCACACUGGACCCUUCACUGUCAUCCAUCCAUUCAGUUGUGGAGCUGACUGGCACGGUACAGGUACCCAAGUUAGACACAGAAAUCUAUUUGUGCUUAGAAAAGGGAAUGAGAAAAGUUUUUGUCUUAUUUUAGGUUCCGUUGAAUGAACACUCAGUGUAAAGCUCUUUUUGAUAGUAUUAAGUAUAUUUCUACAUAUACUUAGCUAUGCUCCAGCAGAGAGCUGACAUCUCCAUUUUCAGUUUUUAUUCCCAGACGAUCUACACUUACAAUCAUACUGCUCCCAUCGUUCACCCUCAUUGCAUUGUCUUUAUUUGUUUCUUUAACUUAAACACUAUGAACGUCAGUGAUGCGACCCUCAUUUCUGAAGCCUAGUGUCUGGCGUGACGGAUGGUUAAUGGUUCCUCCCAGGUACUGGCCAGUGUUCAUACCUCAUAUCAAGCACUUAAAGCUCAUUUUGUGGCUAGUAGAUGAGACCAUAAUUUGUUACUGUAUGCCUGUAGAGCAUUUUGCACACAAUCCUUUUGAAUUGUAUAGAAUCAUAUUUUGGGAAUUGUUUAAUCUAGUCUAAGUUUUGAAAAAAAAAGAAGAAGAAAAGAAAGGAGAUCAGCUUAAAUGAGUAAAAUUGAUGGGGAUAUAUUUGGAGAGUGAUGGUAAAAGUAGCACACACAAGUUAAAAUGAGCUUUGGCUGUCUUAUGUCAACAUGCAGAAACUUAAAAAGUAGCAUAUCAUGUUCGAUCAUACCUCCCAAGCAUCAUCGGGGGCUUGCAGGGAGUGCGGUUCACGCUUGUCACGAUGCACUUUUGACCCUGGGCCACCGAGGUGCUCAUCGCCGGCACUCCCACCCGUCAGAGCCGCGAAUUGUGUCCUUUUACCAAAAACUAAAUGAAUAAUAGAGGAAACUAAUGAAUAAAUCACUUGUAGUGGACGCUCCGAGACAGCAAUGUAGAUAGGGUUCACUGAAGUGUAUUUGAAGGAGACUUUGAUAACCUCAAUAGUGGCAUUAAGCUAUAACCUCACAUGAAAUGUGCUGAAUCUGUAAUCUGUUAGUUAUCAGGUGCGAAUGGUCUGUUGUAAACGAUAAUCAAGAAUGACGCACAGUCAUGGAGUGACUUUGUUCUCUCUUUAUUUUAGAUGAUUAACUGUCUCGGUCAGAUGAUUAUUUAUUUAUUUAUUUAUUUAUUUUAUGUUUAUGUGUUGGCUGUUUUGAAAAGAAAAAUCCUUUUAGUCUUUCUCCAUAUGAUGACCAGCGUUUUUAGCAGUCCAGUUGGUAACAUGGAGACCAAAGUUUCACCUCAAAGCGUCACUGGACUCUGGUGUAUUACUGUUAUUACUGUGCUUAAAUGUAUUUAAAGAAAAUAAGAGACUGUAUUUAUAUUUUAAGUGCCAAAACUUUAUUGCUAACUGUACGAAGAAUAAAAAUCAAACGUGCCAUUAGGAUUUUUGGGAGAAAAAAAAAACAAACCCUAACAGGAUAGAAAGGCAUAAGAUGAGAACAGGUUUGGGGGGGAGAGGGUGCUUAACCUAAAUCUUUUAGAAAAAAAGGAAAAAAAAGGAAAAAUAGAACAUGCUUUUAAAGAAUAAUAUAAACAAAGAUGAUAAAAACUGCACAUUCCACCUCAUCCACAUCAACUGCCAUUUUGGAGAGAGAUGUUUGAAGGGUUAUCUUGUAGUCCGACAACCACCGUUAGGGUGGUUUAAUGCUGCUACCUGUACAUACUAACAGUAGCCCAACUAAGCUACAGGUAAUUGUCAACAUAAAAAAUCUUCUGAUGUCAAAUCUCUUUCCUUAUUGUUAACAGAAGUAUUAUUGUUGUGUUCCACUGAAUCCUACCCCUCCCUUAUUUUUUCUGAGCAGCGGAAAUGUCAUGAGCCAUUUCAGAGAAUUUCUUCAUCUGGUCAAAAUUUCACUUCAUGAUUAAUUUUUCCGCUAAACUGACUAGCCGGCAGGUGGCGUAAUGCAAGCACAGGCACACUACGGAAUUUUAUUUAUCCCACCCCCAGGAUAUUCACAGGAGCUCGGUCCUCAUAGCUGAUUUGAAAAAAUCCCAGUUAUUGUUGAUUCACGUGACUCUAGUCAGUUUUUGGCUUCUGUCCCAGAUAGACUUAAAUAUCAAAGCAGGUUAAAUGAUUCAAUAUGAAAUCCUCUGGAAUGUUAGAAUUCAAUCCCACGUACAGGAUUUUCCUAUCAAUCACUGCAGUAUUGGUAAAAGAAAAAGCGUGUACUGCUUACAUUUUAGAAGCUCUUACUAUCCAUUGAUAGGCUGUUUUUGCCUCAAACGAGACGGAGUUAAGCUUGCAUCUGGUCACUGUGCCAAAAUCUCUUUAAUUUUACCAGCAGUGAUACUUGUUCAUCCUGACGGUGUUAUGGCUCGUUUUCACAAAAGUAUAUUUUUAUACUAGUCUACCGUCUCCAGUAGUUGUGCCAAACUUGGCGUCUGCCAUAACGUCAUUUUUGUUAGAACUUUUCUUACUUGGAUAAAAAAAAAAAAACGGAAAAUGCUUCCUGUAUUUCUUCAGAAUGUUGCUAUGUGUAGUUUAAUGAUCAGCUAAUCAUGUGUGAAUAGGAUCUCACCAACUGGAGCUUUCAUGCCAGCACCAUUAGCAGUUACUCUCUGGUUUAUUGAUCAUCAAAACAAACUAAUUAAUUAAGUAAUUACUUUUCAACUUUAGGUCUCUGAGGCGCCAUUGUGUGAUUUCAUUCCGCCUGAGUUCAGACCAAGUGCAGCUAUUACCUCACUAUUCACUCCGGCUGACAGCAACAUGUGAUAUUGAUGUUAUCUCAAGCUUUUGAUUUUCAUAACCCUCAGUGUUUAUGCUGGAGGCAAGUUUCACACAGGUGUUGAGGAGCUUGUUAGGAGAUGAUUAUGUGUACGAUUAAUUCUACUGAUAUAAUCUGCAGGGCGAGUAGCCACACGUCAGGAUAACAACUCCUGCCAUCAACUUUGCAAAACUAAAUUUCCUAAAGGGGUUGCUCUGUGUUCACAUGUAACCACAUUCAGAGAAAUGUUCUCAUCGUGCCUUGCGUUUUCAAGUCGGAAAAAACACUUUCAUUGCAGUUUCUAAGAAAAGCCCAUAGUUUAAAAGAAAAAGAGAAAUAAUUGUGCCUGUUGCAGGUUCACAUACUAAAAUUGAAAGUUAUCUAGUAAUUUGAAAAUGUGCCAACUCUUCCUCUAAUCCUUGCUGCUUUUAAAAAUAAUACCAUCUGCUGACAGAAAUCUUAAAUAAGCAUAACUGUUCGUUCUCUGGCUGGGAGUUAGAAGAAACAAUCCACUCUUAUUAGAGCAGUGGUCUUCAUGCUUUACUGUUAUAAAAGAAACCAACUGCAUUUAAACUUUCAUAUAUGUUUUAUCAUGGUCAACAAGAUAGCAUCAUCUUUCCCUUCUUUGCUUUUGCACCAUCAAAUGACAUGAAUUCAACUUGGAUCCAAGCCACAUUCCCCCUCUGGUGAACGGCUCCAUGCUUAUUGCUCGCACUGGAUCCAGGAGCUUCAUUUUGGGCCGGGGGGCAAAAUGAAAUCCCAAUAGUAUUAAAGUAAUGCAAAAACUAUGCUGUCUUUGACAAGUCUCUGAGGAAGACAUCUCCCUGUGCCUGUGCACACACUGGCAAAAAUUCAGAUCCGGCAUCACCCAGUUCAGAUGGUGCCAUCCAGUGCUCGACUGGAAUGCUUUUUCUAUUUACAAUUACAUUAAAUAAAAAUAAAAAAACACAAUAAGAAGCUGUGAUGUAGAGGUAAGAGGUUUUACUCUAAAAUUCCUCCUUUGGAUAAAACAUUUUAGUUAAAAGUUUAAUGGUGGUCAGCGUUAAAGGCUCGU